CGCCAGUUCCCCGUGCAGAAGCAGAAGCAACUCCCGCAAACUCCGUGAAAUUAAUCAACAUCCGUUGUUCCAAGUCAUCCCCGAAACCAUGGCCACCGUACGCAGCAUGAACGACUACUACAAGCGCGUGGAGGCCGCCGACAACAAGCUGAUCGUGCUGGACUUCUAUGCCACCUGGUGUGGUCCCUGCAAGAUGAUGGAUCCCACGGUCAAGGCAUUGGCGAAGAAGUACGCCUCCAAGGCGGUGGUUCUCAAAGUCGACGUGGAUAAGUAUGAUGAGCUGACGGAGCGCUACAAGGUCCGCAGCAUGCCGACCUUUGUGUUCCUCAAGAACAACCGGCGACUGGCGUCAUUCAGCGGCUCCGACGAGGACAAGCUGACCACCAUGAUGGCCAAGCUGGUCAAGUAAGGAGACUGGAGCCGGAGGAUGGUGUUGAUGCUUUGCGAUUUUAUUCAGUGUUGUAUGUUUUAGUUUAGAGACCAAUUAAAUCCUAACCUCAAUCUCGGUGUAUGUAUUAGUGCGAAGAGGUGUGUGUCUGCGACAUAACCUCGAAGAAAGUCUGAAAAAAAAUAUUGUGAUUCCUAAUUAUGUAACCCAAAAUGCAUUCUGUAAAUUAGAAUUAACAAAGACAAAAAAUUAGCUUUAAGGUUAGGCACCAAACAAUUCGAUCAUAAAUAAAUUGUAACCACUCAUGACUUUAAAUUAAAAAAA